UUUGUGCACUUUAUUAUUUUUCUCCUUGGGACUAUUCAUGACUGAAGGAAAAUUGUAGAAAAAGAAAAUGCCAAGUGUUGACAGUGUGAAAGUGGCAGUUCGAGUGAGGCCUUUCAGUCAGAGGGAGAAGGAUGCAGGAAGUAAGUGUGUGAUUUCUAUGAACUCCAACAGCACGAGUAUAUAUGAUCCCAGGAAUCCCGAGCACGUGAAAACCUUCACUUUCGAUCUGGCGUUUUGGUCUCAUAGUGGCUUUCUGAAGGACAAGAACGGUGUGCUCGUUCCAGCAGGCUGCAACAGCUAUGCAGGCCAGAGAGAAGUCUUCCAUGACCUCGGCGAAGGAGUGCUGGAGAGCGCCUGGCAGGGCUACAACGCCACCCUCCUGGCUUACGGCCAGACCGGCUCCGGGAAGAGCUAUUCCAUGAUCGGGUAUGGGGCCAACAGAGGCAUAGUGCCGGCUGUGUGUGAAGAACUCUUCAAAGCAACCCAGAGUGGGGAAGAGAACAAGCAGUACCAGAUCACUUUCAGUAUGCUGGAAAUUUAUAAUGAGCAGGUAAUAGACUUACUCGCUAAAACAAGGAAGCCUGGUGGGCUCAAGAUUAGAGAAGACCAGCAGCAAGGUUUCUACGUUGAUGGUCUGAAGCUGGUGCCUUGUGAUAGUUAUGCACAAAUUGAGAGAUUAAUGGAACAAGGGAACAAGAUGAGAACAACAGCUACAACCACCAUGAAUGCUACCAGCAGCCGAUCUCACAUGGUCAUCACAGUCCAGUUCAAACAGAUUUUUCUAGAUGAAGCAAUCACGAAACAAUCCAUUAUAAAUCUGGUGGACUUGGCGGGAAGUGAAAGGCAAAAAUCCGCAGGACCUGAAAAAGACAGACUGAAGGAAGGCACCCGUGUAAAUCUAAGCUUAACCACGUUAGGAAAUGUCAUCAGUGCUUUGGCUGAGGUAGCUACUGGGAAAAAGGUAUUGCAUAUCCCAUACAGAGACUCGGUUCUGACGAAACUCCUACAAUCUGCUCUGGGCGGAAACAGCAGGACUAUCAUGAUUGCAGCCGUAAGUCCAGCAGACAUCUGUUAUGAAGAGACUUUGUCAACCUUAAGAUAUGCUGAGAGGGCAAAAAAGAUCAGGAACAAAGCCGUGGUAAAUUCAAGUCCCACUGAGAAGCUUAUACAAGAACUGAAGGCUGAAAAUAACAAGCUAUUGGGCAGACUGGCUGGGCUCAGAAGCACAGGCACAUUAGUAGAUGAUGAAACACAAGAGCUGCGGUGUUUGGUGGCUGGCAACGAGCAGCGGCUCCGGAGCGCGCAGGACACGUGGGAGGCGCGGCUGGAGGCGGCGCGGGGCGAGUGGCAGCAGCAGCGCGCGGCCCUGGCGCAGGAGAGACAGAUGAUGGAGACAUUCCCUUAUCUCUUGAAUAUCAAUGAAGACCCCCAGCUUUCAUGGGUUCUCAAGUACUUCAUUCAGGAUGGUUCUUGUGAUGUUGGUCAAUCUACCUCAAAUGCAAUAAUCCUAAGAGGUUUUGGCAUUUUGGACAAACAUGCUACCUUUACAAAUACUGAUGGUGAAGUUACGUUGACGCCAGGCCACAAGUGCAAAGCUACUGUGAACGGGGUGCCCAUCACCGGGAAGACAAAGCUGCAGCACUUGGAUCGUGUUAUUUUGGGAUCAAGCAGUGCUUUCCUGUACAUUGGGCCGCCUGCAGAACGCACAGACGAGGACCUGAGCAGAUACGAUUACGACUUCUUUCAGUCAGAGCUGGCAGCAGCGGGAGGCUUUAGCCUAGAUAAACUCGGUGCUGCGGGCAGCAAGGAGAGCAGAGCAGAUCCCAGUAUCCUCGCCGUGUUCCAUGACUACAUCAAGCUCCUGCCGCUGGUAGCUGAAGUAAAUCAGAUGAGCGAGGAGCUGAAGAAGGACCUCAUGUUUGAACUGAAGGUGAAAAAUCUAGCUCUGUCAGACUCCAGAGGAUACGACCUGCAGAAGGAAGUAGUAGUAAGAGUGACACACGUAACUACUCAUCAGGUGUGGGUCUGGUCGCAGGCCAAGUUCAUGAACCGGAAGGUGCUCAUGGAGGAGCUCUAUCAGCGUCUGCGGGCGGGCGAGGCGGCGCCGGCGGGCCGGGAGCGCGACCCCUUCUGGGAGCCGCCCGAGGCCGUGCACCUGGGCCGCGCGCACGUGUGGCUCGAGGCGCUGGCGCACCGUGCGCCACUGCGGCAGCGCGCGGCCCUGCGCGACCACCAGGGCCUGCGGCAAGCGCGCCUGCUGCUCGCCCUGCGCCCCUGUGGCGCCCGCGGCAGGCUCUUUGGGGAAGACGACAUGGUCAUGGAUCCCCUGGAGCUGCUGGGAAGAAGGGUUGACUUCCAGGUUCACAUGGUGGAGUGCCGUGGGGUCAAAUGGCUGCGAGAGGCUGCGGGCAGAGGCAUUCAGAUCGGGUAUAGAGUUUAUGAUCUUCCACGGUGCUUAUACACAAAGCCUGUCUGGAAGAAUGUGAAUCCAAAGAUAGACGAAACAGUCCAGUUCUCAGCACUGAAGGCAUCCUAUGAAUUUCUGAAUUAUUUACAGAAAAAUGCUUUAAUUAUUGAUUUGUGGGGGCUUCAAGAAGGCUGCGUGGAGAUGGGCUGCUCCUUCGAGGGGCUGCCGCUCACACCCGAGGGCGCCGUCCUGCUCGACAGCCCCAACGCUUUGACUGCGGGUGACGCUGGCCCGGACCCAAGCAGCCCCAUGUCCAAAUUGUACCAGAAGCUGCUGCGCGUGGAAGAAGAGACUGAGCAGCUGAGAGAAGUAAACAGAGCUUUAAGGGAUGAAAAUUUGCUUCUUAAGGACAAGCUGAAGUGGGACACAAGCCACUGUGAAAAGACAGAAUCAGAGUCUCCUACCAAGGCAAUUGAAGUGACUGAAGAGACUCUGUCGUUCAGGGAGGCUGAAGGCAGGCGCAGUCCUCGCACCAGCUGGGAUGCAGAAUUUGCUAAAGCCCUUAAGAUCUUCUACCAAAACAUGAGCGUAGUGAGAGAGCAGUUCCUUGAGCUGAAGCACCUCAGGCCACCGGUAAGUCAGCCUUCCACACUGCUUCAGUUCAUUUCAGUUGCCACAGGAGCCCCCUUCCUGACUCCAAGGAGUUUUGUGCUAGCCUUAGGAAUCUGCAAAAGGGAGGUAUCAAUCACUGAUCGUGUGUCUUCCCACCAUUUCAGUCCCAGCAUGAGACUCCCUCUUUCCAUGCAUUUUGUGCAGCCCUGGAGGCACAAAGACCUAGAGACUCUGUAG